AUGCCGAAAAUCCUACGUCGGGCUCUAUCUUUCUGGCGAGAUAAUGAGCCGAUCGGAGAAAAGAAGCGGUCAGUCGCGUACAAGUUAGCCUCCUUUGUCUGAGCCUGACCUGCUAAUCUCCUUGUACGCCUUCUUCGGAUCCACCCGACGACGCAAUCCCGCGCAAAUUGCUUGUCAUUUGCACACGGCUCGUCUUAGACAACCGGGAUUACCUGUCAGCCGCACGACCUCUAAGCUUCUUCUUCUUCGAGCUUCUUCUUGAGGCUUCUUUCUCGAAGCGUCUCUUCCAGGAUCCUUUUAUGAGCUUUAUCUUUGAAGCCAUUUCGCUCUGCUGGUUAUUCUACAAAGUUAAAAAUAGAUUUAGAUUUUCACAGUUACGAACACUAUGAAUGACUGAAAUUCAAAUUUCUGCGAAUAAAUUUUUCAAAAAAGACUUUUUGGUAACUUUUCAACGGUUCUAUAUAUACUUGAAAUGUUGAUGGGCAUGCUUAGGGACCGCAAGCCAUUUCUUCAGAACGAUUCAAAAAAUAUGUUUUUCACAUUGUUCGAUAGAGGAGAAUGUCCAUUUUCAUAAUCCGUUUAGUUUUUGAAAAAAGCUCCACUAAGAAAAAAGUUAUGGCCAAAAAACGAGCGCGCGCGGCGUACAACUGGAGGCAAAAUCUCACGGUUUACCCGCCGCCGCACGCUUUCUUUUUAAAUGUUUUUGCGCGUUUCUGGACCGUUUUUAAAUCGGUUUUCUGUUCUGAGAGGUUGUCCGAACUGAGCCUCAUGUUUUGGUAUGAAUCUUUUGUACAAUCCUCAUAAGAAUUUUUGAUAAAAUAUCAAAAAAACUACUUAGAAAAAGGUCAGAAGGAAUUUUCAGCUUAUUUUUCUUUUCUCUACUCAGAAAAAUUAUUAUCAUUCGAUUUGGAAAAAAGAAAAAAUGAAAAAUAAUGUUAAUUCGAAAUAAAACAGGAAAAAGUGCAAUUUGACUCCGAAAACCGGCUCCUGCGACAUUUAAAAGGGCGCAUCGGUGUGUUUGACGCAAACACUGCUACGGACACUUGCACGAAAUCUUCCGAAAUUUCAAAAAAAAUUGCUAUUUUUUCGAGGUUUUCAAAGCCGUUAUUUUUUUCGCGUCGAUCGAUUUUUUUCAUAAUUUUUUCAUUGGUAGAGUUUUGAACGCUUAAUAACAUAAUCAAAAAGUAUAGACGCGAUCCUAAUCUCUCAUUCGUCAACGAGGCAGGCGAAAAAAGGAGGUUUUGGUAAAUCUCAAAUAUAAUUUGAUUCGCUGUCCCAAUAAUUAUUUUCAUUUUGAAUUUUUGUUUGUGAGCACAUUGUGAGUUUUUAAAUCAAAUAAAAAGUAUACCUUGUCGCUGAAAUUUUUUCGCAUUUCAGCUUCAAAGUUUGGUGUCACUUUACAAGCUUUAAUAUUUUUCGCGUCGGUAGAUUUUUUUCAUUUUCACUCAAAAAAAUAAAGAAAGUGUUAAUGUAUAACUAACUCAAAGUUCGGAAGCGUUCCUCACUUGGUUUUCUGAAACGCGACGAUUUUGUGAAACUUGUCAGUUUUUUUCGUGUUAAAUCUUACUUUUUCGCUUAUUUUUGAAAAAUACAUAGUUUUUAAAAUAUUCAGUCUUGUAGAGCGUUGUCGAUUACAUAGAUUAAGAGAAACAGUUAAUUUUUAAAGUGGGACUUUAGCUAGUAUAAACGCCUCAAAACCGUUUUUGCAACAAAAAAAUCGUCAUUUUGGUGGCGUGAAGGGGCGGGGCUUUGCGCCCCCUAGGCAUGCUAAGAUAUCUCACUUUACUCCGAAACCCUUCUGAAUGACAUUCUUCGGAGGGAAAAUACGGAUGAAACGGCAGGAAAGAAGGACGAAGAGGGCGGCUUGUUGGUUCAUCUGCUCGGAAGCCAAACAAGCCGACUGUCGAACAACUUGCACAUCUUAUUUCGCUCGAUCAUCGUCGCCUUUUCUUUGCGCAGUCUAUCAUCCAUCCUCGUGUCACUCGACUACCGUAGUCCUCCACCCUCUGAAUUUUUGAUGACGAUCCGCUCGCCACUACAAGCGGCCAACUAUGCUAAUCCGGCGGAUCGCCUGAUUACCAGAGCCGCGGACCGUGCCGACUGUGCAGCCGAGCAUGAUCCAAUCCACUGA